UGUAGUAACGACUAGCGAGUAGGAAGGAACUCCAAAGCAGAGCUUCUCCCUCUGCUCAGCUACUGCGGAGCCCUUCUUCUUCUUUGUUUGGGUAUUUUCUUGCAUUAGGGCGUGAACCGCUGGUUCAAUUAUGAAGCCGUUAACGAUUUCUCGCACCAAUCCCUCUCUUCUCUCCUCCAAUCCCUUCUGCUCUUCGUUUCUGACCUUCAAACUUCCCAUUAUAUCCCGGCGGUCCGUCGGUUUUCGCUGCGAAUCCCUCCGUCGCAGUGACACCGGGGAGGAUUCUAAUGGGGUUUCUCUCAGGCGAAGGGAAAUGAUUGUUUCCUUAUCCACUCUUCGUCUUGUAAUUGGUCUCCAAUAUUCCUUAGAUGGGGUUAAAGCUGCCAUUGCUGCCGAGUCAGGCGAGAGCGCUUAUCUGUCGGUGAAGGAAGAGGUAAGGAAGGUGGUGUCGAAGGGCAAGGCUGCGGGUGUGCUUCGUCUUGCUUUCCAUGAUGCAGGAACCUUUGAGAUUAGUGGGACAUCAGAAGCUACAGGGGGUAUGAAUGGCUCUAUAAUCUAUGAGCUGGACAGGCCCGAAAAUACAGGGUUAAACAAAUCCGUUCUGGCAAAGGCGAAAAAUGUAGUGGAUGCGAUGCAACCAGUAUCCUGGGCAGACAUGAUUGCUCUUUCUGGCGCUGAAGCAGUUUCAAUCUGUGGAGGUCCCACAAUUCCACUUCAGAUGGGCAGACUGGAUUCAAUGCAACCUGAUGCAGAGGGGAGACUUCCUCGGGAAUCACUCGAUGCUGCUGGUUUGAAGCAGUGCUUUCAAAGAAAAGGCUUUUCUACACAGGAACUUGUUGCACUAUCUGGAGCUCACACUCUUGGUAGUAAAGGCUUCGGGGACCCAGUUGUUUUUGAUAAUUCAUACUAUAAGAUUCUUCUGAAGAAGCCAUGGACGUCCCCAGGUGGGAGUUCGAGCAUGAUUGGGCUUCCUUCUGACCACGCACUUAUGGAAGAUAAUGAAUGUUUAAGAUGGAUCGAAUUGUAUGCGGAUGAUCAGGAUGCAUUCUUUCAAGAUUUCAAGAAUGCAUACAUCAAACUCGUGAACUCUGGUGCAACAUGGAAAGGCUCUUAGCAAAGUUUUGACAAAUGAUCUUUGCCCCCAAGAAAAGUUUCAGGCUGAAUUAAUGAGGAAUGGAGUGACAAGCAAAGCCGGGAGCAUAUCCUUGGUGGUAGUGCCAGAUUUGGUGUAGCCAUCAGCAUCCUUGUAGAGGACAUCCAUAACCUGUGCAAACCCUAGAAGUGCUGAAAGAACUUGCUUAUCGAUGUAUGUCAUCCUUUCUAUAACCAUACAUAUAUUGCUUUCUCUAUACUUCAUUUUUACACAGAAGUCACAAAACCUUGCCAACUAGUACAUAGUGAUUAGGGAGGAAAUAUGUCAUCCUUCCUAUAGUAAUUAAGCAUUAAUUAAAGAAACAUUAUAGAAAUGAGGACUCUAUAAUAAGGAUGUCUAUCAUUUUUUCCCCAGGAGGUUUCCUUUGGCAUUGUCAUCCUUUCAAGACAUUGCAUCAUAUGCUAUUGGAAUCAAAGUGCAUGGUUUCCUUUGGCAUUGUCAUCCUUUCAAGACAUUGCAUCAUAUGCUAUUGGAAUCAAAGUGC